GGAAUUUGGAAAAAGACUGCGGAGUGCCGUAGUACUGUGAAAUGUGAAUACCUCUUUUCCCCUUCUACAGCUAGGUUAGGUUUCCUGGAUUUCGACCCUACUGGACUUAUCCUCCCUCCUCCAUCCACACUUGCGAAUUCCUGCUGCUGCUUUGGCCUCCCGCGUCCGCCAUGCGAUUGUACUGCCCUAUCUCUGAGCAAUUCCCAGUUUUGGGGGAGACUUCACUGCGGGUGUUUUCGAUAAUGUCACUGCUGGGCAGUGCCUGAAUGGUUUUCGUGUUACUUUAGGAGGCUAGGAAUUAGUAUCAGUAGGCGCAAUGAGUGGGCAUGGUCGGCGUAAAGAAGAUUAUGGGGUGAGUAGUGAGAGCUCCCUGGGAAGCGAUGGAGAGGAAACCUCUGCACGAACAAGACCGUUCAGCUUUGAUGAGAUAAUGAACAGAAGAAAAUUGAAAAAACUGGCCGAGACAGAUGAAAGCGCAGAAGCUGUGGCACUUGUUUCUGGGGAUCAAUUGGAAAGGGUUAAUGGGCAUGGCAAGGCUUCAUCGUCUGCUGUACCAGAGAGCUCAGUGGCUGAACAUGUGAAGUCAAGCUCUUCGCCGAAAGAAUUGAAGACUUUGGUUAAAGAUGAGUGUCGAGUUGAAAGAAGGGAUAGAGAAAUCCAACCUGCAAGUGUCGGACGUAAGUUGAUGUCCCAGAUUAACAGAGAUGUGGUGAUGCCUGAAACCAGAAGCCAGGAUGACAGAAAAACCCAUCGCGGGAGAAAAGAUGAUGACCAGCGGCUGAGAGAUUCGGUACAGGACAGAUAUGUUGAUGGAAGGAGAGGACAAUAUCGAAGGGCGGAUGAUGCUGGCAGGAGGCAACCUCAGAAGCGCUCUUUUGAUAUUUCUGGGAAUGAACCUGCUAAGAAGCAUUCCGGGAACUUGGUGGAAAUGAAGAGGCAUGGGGAUGUGAGUAGGGGUAGAGCUGAGAAGGCAUCAGAUAUAACUCUUAGAAGCAGAGAACACGAUCGGAGGUCUGGAAAUGUUACGGAAAGUGAAGUGCGAAAGCAUCAUUCAAGAGAUUAUAUGCAGAGGGACAAACAUACAGAUGAAAACAGGCGAAAGCUUGAAAACAGAAAGCCACAAAAUGAGACGCAAGAACUUGUAAAGAAAUAUGACUCUGUCAAAGAUCCUUCUGAGAGAGAUGGUAGGAAGGAAUUGUCAAAAUCUCAUUACAGAGAGUCGGGUUUUAAGCGAAGACGGUCUAGGAGUAGAGAACAUGAGGAAACAAAUCAGAGUUCUGCUUCUAUCUCAUUACGAAAGGAGAAGCGUGAUUCUUACCAUACAAGGGACCGUGAUGGUCUGUCCUCUCAUUCUAAGGGCAGGUCUGAGAGACAGCAUCUUAAUGAUGAAGAGAGAAAUAUUGUUAAUGGCAAACACAACGCUGCUAGUGGGCUUGGUGGCUAUUCCCCAAGGAAAAGGAAAAGUGAGGCAGCUGUUAGAACUCCUUCCCCGACCAAGCGCUCUCCUGAAAAGAAAAGUGCUAGAUGGGAUCUUGCACCAAAAGUAAACAGUAAAACGUCAUCUGUCUCUCUUCCUACUAACAAUUUGCUAUCUAGUCAGCAAUUAUCUUCGAUUAUGCGUGAACUAGUCAAUACUGUUCCUAGUUCGUUAGAUGCAGGAAAGGCCAUCUCUGGGGCAUCACCUAGCACUCUAUUAACAAACAAGAAUACUUCCAUUGACUCUAUUCAACUAACACAAUCUACUCGUCCUAUACGGAGACUUUAUGUGGAAAAUGUACCAGCCUCUGCCUCAGAGAAAGCUAUUAUGGACUUUCUUAGCAACUGUUUGAUUUCUUAUGGUGUUAAUCAUGUUCCCGGAUCUCAACCAUGUAUCAGCUGCAUUAUCAAUAAAGAAAAAGGUCAAGCACUUGUUGAAUUUCUGACAGCUGAGGAUGCUUCAGCAGCUCUUUCUUUCAAUGGUAGCUAUUUCUCUGGGUCUUCAAUCAAAAUCAGACGUCCCAAGGACUAUGUUGAAGUGGCUGGUAUUUAUAUUGCGUGUAUCGUAAUUCACGUACUGGCUGGUGAUGAAGCUGUCUCCUAAUAAGAGGAUAUCCAGGUGUAGUGAACAAGUUUGAUGUCCAUGGAGCUUCUUUUACUGGCAUUCACUUUUGGUAACUGAUCUAGUGGAGCUAUAAUCCCUCCGAGGAUUAUUCAAUUGCUGCAUCCUCCUCUGAGAUAUACUGUGGUUACCGUCCAUGUAGCGGGUUUUCAGUCGGUUGCUAUUUUUAUGCAGACUGUUGAAGCAAAAAAGUCGGUUGCCGUGGUUCAGGCAAUAACUGAUAUUGUUAAGGAUUCGCCCCACAAGAUCUUCGUUGGUGGAAUUUCAAGUGUCCUUUCCUCCAAAAUGCUUAUGGAGAUUGCUAGCGCCUUCGGACCUUUGAAGGGAUUCCAGCUUCUCAACAAUAAGGAACGUGAUGGCCCACAUGCUUUCCUUGAGUAUGCAGACGAGACAGUCACUCUUAAAGCUUGUGCUGGUUUGAAUGGUAUGAAAAUAGGAGGGCAAGUAUUAACUGCGGUUCAAGCUGUGCAAGAUCCUUCAGUCAUGGCAAGCAAUGGGAGUCCACCAUUCCAUGGGAUCCCUGAACAUGCAAAGUCACUUCUUGAGAAGCCUACAGAAGUUCUGAAACUUCUGAAUGUGCUCCAACCAGAGGUCCUUCCCUCGAUGUCCAGUGCAGAAAUUGAGGAAGUAUUAGAAGAUGUACGACUAGAGUGCGCCAGGUUUGGUGCUGUGAAGUCGAUUAAUGUUGUCAAGCAUACUGCAAUUCAUUCCACCACCUUAGAAAAAUCUUCCGCGCAUGACAACAAGGUGUCAGCUGGUGGUGGUCAGCAGGACAUGAACGGUGAAAAAAUCCCAAUAACUGAAACAGAACAACCAACUGGUUCAGUUGCUGCUGAAAGUCACAUGAAGGAGACACCGAUGGAAGAUGAACCAAUGGGCGAAGAGUUGUCGAGCAUGGACGAAAGCAGAGGGAUUGCAGAAACAAACAAGGAGAAGGCUUCUUCAGCAGCUUCUUGCAAUGACACAACUUCCCCUACAGCUUCAGAUUCUGGUGCCCAGGAGGGUGGCGACCAAACUGCAGCAGAGAAAGAUGUUGAAACUGGAGGCAGUUUCGAGGCGGGUUGCGUGUUGGUGGAGUUUAGAAGGACGGAAGCCUCUUGCAUGGCAGCACACUGCUUGCAUGGCAGAUCAUUUGAUGAUCGCACCGUCACAGCAGAAUAUGUACCUCUUGAUCUUUACAAGGCUAGGUUCCAGAAUCAAUAGGGAUAUGCUGUUAGAUACCUCCCUGAGCGCCAUUGGGCUGGCAUUCUGAGCUGCUUCUGUUAUAGAGAGAUUGAUGUUAGAGAUAGGCACCAGGAACCCUUUUACCCCAUAGAGAAUGGGAUCAUUACUUCAUUAGAGAGGAAAGAUGGAAUGUUUUUGCUGUGCGUGUCCAUUGUUAUGAAAAUACUUAUCACUAACUUCUGGUUCUGGAAAAUUUUAUGAGGAAAUGUUCUACUUCGUGCUUGCUGUUGAUUCCCUUGGUGGGUUAAAAUAGGGGUCGAGGGAGCAUUGUGGAAUCUUAUUGGAAGAUUAUAUCUGAAAAGUCAAUGUUUUUGUAUUAUUAUUAAUAUUUGAUUUUAGCGA